AUGUUGAGCGUUGGAGAAACCCAAAAGAUUUUAGAGAAGCUAAAUCUACCUCCGGACUUUCUCUCAACAGAUUCGUCGUUGAGUGACGUACCCAGCGAUUUUGACCGUCAAGAUGAACCUUGGUGCGAUUCGACGAAUAAUCCCCCCACGAAAAGCAUACAUUUCCAUCCGCCACCUACCACAUCACCACCCGGUACCCCAGUGAAACAAUCCCGAUUACUUGAGCCUGAGACUCCGCGAUCCUCAAGGCCCAAACUUCCCAAGGUCUCUCCUUAUUUUCCUGUGCUUUUGGGCGACCCGGAAUCUUGUUUACCCUUUCCACCUGUCGAUGCCCCAUCAUUUGGCCUUAUUCAAGAACAGCUUGCGCAUGAUCCAUUCAAGCUGUUGAUUGCCACAAUCUUCCUCAACCGUACUCGAGGCGGGGUUGCCCUGCCAGUGUUGUUUAAGGUGUUCAGUCGUUACCCAACCGUCGAUGCGAUGGCCGUCGCAGACGUGUCCGAGCUCGUAUCUAUGAUUCACUGCUUGGGAUUUCAGAAUCAGCGAGCAAAGAAGUGUAUUUCUAUUGCUCAAAUCUGGCAAACCAACCCUCCAGUCAAAAACAAACGAUACCGCAAGCUCCACUAUCCCCGGAAGCUGGACGGUCGAGAUGUUGGUCCUUCCGAAUGUGCCCGUGACGAAGACCAUCGGGUAGCAUGGGAGAUUGCACAUUUGCCAGGUGUCGGGGCUUAUUCUUUGGACAGCUGGCGCAUUUUCUGCCGAGACGAGUUGCGUGGACUCGCCACGGACUGGAAAGGAACUGGUGCCACAACGCAAGGAUUUGUUCCCGAGUGGAAAUCCGUACUCCCCCAGGACAAGGAACUGCGCGCGUAUCUGACCUGGAUGUGGCUAAAAGAAGGCUGGAUCUGGGACCGUCACACAGGCGAUUUGACCCCGGCAAGCGAGAAGAUGCUGAGGGCUGCACAGAGGGGCGGAGUAGCACAUGAGGAGGACGGCAACUGGAUCCUGGAGACGUCACCGGUGAAGAAGGCAGUGCAUGGAUUUCAAGUGUGA